GACUAGCUGCAGUUGGAGACCUCGUUGCUGCAGGGAUCAAGCAGUAUGUGGUUCUUAUAGCGUGGAAGAGGAUGAUAAAGGGCAGCGAUCGGGGCUUUUAUAACCCAGAUGCACAUCCCGCCGUGUGGAUCUCGGGGUGUAUGCUAAGUGGAUUCGCGCGAUCGUUGACAGUCCAGGCUGGAGAUUUACACAGGUGCCUUGUUUUUGGAUAGUGUCUUUUUAUUUUUAUUUUUUUUGGAAAUCGCUAGCCGACUUCUGGGGCUUGAAUGUGGAGAGAGAUCUACAUGUGUGGUCCUGGUGUGGGUCAGGCGCACAGAAGCUGAGCUCCGAAGCUGGGGGAUCCGAACAUGUUGCCCGGCUGGAGAGGGCUUUGCACUGGGGCAGGGACAGCACUUUGCUGCCUCCUCGUCUGGAUCAUCUACUCGCACUUAGUCAAAGAAGAUUUCCAGCAGCUGCAAUAUUUUCUAUUUAAGAUUGAGAAAGACACAGGUCAGCUGGCUGUGGGUACAUGUGAAAUAGUUACCUUGGACAGAGAUAGUAGUCAACCACGGAGAACAAUAGCCAGACAAACAGCACGAUGUGCCUGUAGGAGAGGACAGAUUGCUGGCACAACGAGAGCCAAGCCAGCCUGCGUGGAUGUGCGAGUUGUAAAGAGCAAGCAGUGGUGUGAAAUGAUCCCCUGUUCAGAAGGAGAAAUCUGUGGUUUAUUAAUGAAUAAGUCAGGCUGGACCUGCACACAACCAGGUGGUCGAAUAAAGACAAUAACGGUUUCCUGACACAUGCAAAGGAGAAAUCCUUGCCUGGGCAGCUUAUCCUGUGUGUGCCACUUACCUCAAAAAAAAAUGAUUUCGCUGCUGUGAGUCUCCAUCUGUUGUCUGUCACUCUGUACGUUCAUGCUACACUGUGGGAUCAAUGUUUUCUCCAGCAUGGGGCUAAGCCUGACAUGCCCAGCUGUUAAGUACACAAGCCUAAGAGAUGCAGAUGCCUGAGCCCUGCAGGAACUGAGGUGACUUCUCCCUUUAUGGACCUAUUGCUGUCCCGUGACUAUACCUUUCUGGUGAAAGCUGUCUUGCAGAUGGUCCAGUUAUUUCCACUUCGGUCCUUUCAUCAAGACUGAACCUUUUUCAAGUCAAACAUCAAGGAAAACUUGAAAUAUUAAUUGAGUGAACAAGAAAUACAUCAGCAUGAUGAGAAUUCAUCCGCCUUUUCCUCCAAGACUUUUAACUGAUGACCAAAGAAUGAAAGACCUCUGCAGCCGAUAAAAAAAAAUGGUAUUGUUCAACACCCUUUCAACAAUUAUAACCACUUGGAGUAAUCAGCGAAAUGCCUGCAACAUCUCUGAAGGAAAAGAAAAUGCUUCUCAAAUGAUGGAGAUACAAUUACAGUGGUGUAGCUAAUAUUUCAUUCUUUAUGGCGAUGUUGAAGCUGGGAUUGGGAAUGGCUUAAUUACCCUAAAGAACUAAAUAGCACAAGAACAUAAAACAAUGAUGAUGGAAUUGCACUGGCAUAGAAGGACCUCUCAUGCUCUGAGGCAUGUGCUCAUGCAUUUUCGUAACAUCCUGUGGGUUUUGUGCUCUAACUUGUCCUAUCAUGCUACUGCAGAGCAUUAGGCAAGCUCUAAUCUGUUUGUCCAGGCCUGUGAUCUAUUAGACACAUUGCAGAAUUCAAUAACUUGAGCAUACUUCAAAAAUGGCAUUUUUCAGUUUUGAAUGUGGCAUUCAAAACAAGUUAUCAUUCAAUGUGUUUAGAGAAAGAAUCUUAAUUUGUAAACCUCUAACAGAUUUUGUAUGUUGUAUCUUUGUAGGAAACCUAUUUAACUGUGUACGUGCUCAUCAUGUAAGGCCUGCAAUGCCAUGAUGGAAAGCUGUGAUGUGAAUAGAGUACAUCUCAUGCUGCCAAAUAAAGCUGUUACUUUA